AUGGUAGAAGACAGUCGUUUUUCAAAAGCCCGUCUUCAACAAAAUUCACUUGACAAUGACAGUGACGACAGUGAUGAGGAUAGCGAUGCUAGUGAUGAUGACAAAUCUGUUGCUGAAAAAGAACAAGAACAAGAAGAAAAAGCCGGAGAGAAAAGUGAUACCAAUUCCGAUCAUUCUGAUGAGGAAGUUGAGAACGAUGUAGAACAAACAACAGAUACCCAAAAUGCAGCAGUUACAGAUAGUGAGGAAGAAGACGAAAUGGAGGAACAUGAAGGUUAUGAUGCACCAGAAGAUUUGACUGAAUUUGGUGUGCACGGCAAUGAUGAAGCAUCAAAAAAGAGCAAUAAAAGAAAUAAAACUUCAAAGAAAAAGAUGAAAGCUUUGACACCUGAAGAACUUGAGAAAUUUGAAAAAGCCAGGAAAAGAACUGGUGUUUGCUAUCUCUCGAGAAUUCCACCCUUCAUGCCUCCCCAUCGUGUUCGACAAUUAUUAGAAAAAUACGCUGAAAUUGGUCGUAUCUAUUUGGUACCUGAAGAUGCCAAGACAACAGCACGUCGAAAGAAAUAUACAAAGAAUAGAAGAACAAAUUUUGUGGAAGGAUGGGUUGAAUUCAAGGACAAGAAAAAGGCAAAGGCUUUAGCAGAGUAUCUAAACAUGAGACAAAUAGGUGGUAAACGCAAAAAUCAAUAUUAUCAUGAAAUGUGGAAUAUCAAGUAUCUACCGAAAUUUAAAUGGCACCACUUAACAGAGCAAAUGGCGCAUGAAAAACAAGCUCGUCAACAACGUCUUCGUAAUGAAAUUGCACAAGCCAACCGUGAAAAUAAGACAUAUAUUGAAAAUGUUCAACGCGCAAAGAUGUUGCAAAGUAUGGAAGCAAAGAAACGUAAGCGGGAAGGAAAUGAAGGCGAUGAUAAUCAACCCACUGAGAUCAAGGUUAAACGAACAUUUGCUCAAAGAGGAAAAGUUGAGCGUGAAGUGGAUCCUUCUUCCUCUGUUUCUGGUAAACAGGCCAUGGAUAAGCUGGACAAUGGUUUAAAGAAUGUUUUGAGUAAUGUCUUUGGAAAGCAUUAA